AUGUCUGGCUUCUUCCGCAAGGUCGGCGACUCCGACUCCGAAUCCGACAUCUCCUCUUCCGAGGAGGAGCUCUCUGAGCUCGAGUCCGGAGACGAGCAGCCAAAGACCACCACCCAGCCCGCCGCAGGUCGCUCCCGCUUCCUCAAGGGUUCCGACGAUGACUCGGACUCGGACGACGACGACUCGGACGAAGAGUCGCUCGACUCGGACGACGACUCGGACGACGAUGGCGCUCGCGCCGACGGCAAGAAGGCGCCCACCUCGCGCUUCAUGAAGGGCGCCGCCGACUCGGACGACUCCGACUCCGAGGAAGAGGUCAAGAAGGUCGUCAAGUCCGCAAAGGACAAGCGCAUCGACGACAUGCAGACCAUCGUACACCACAUCGAGUCCGCACAAAAGUCGGGCGACUGGACCUCGAUCAACAAGGACUUUGACAACCUCAUGCGCUCCAUCGACCGCCAGCGCACCCUCGGCGAACACAUCCCCGCCUUCUUCUACAAGGCCAUCUCCAACCUCGACACCUUCCUCAACGAGUCCGCCGCCAAGGAGAAGGACGCAAAGAAGAAGAUGAAGGCGCCCGUCGCAAAGGCCAUGAACGGCAUGAAGCAGAAGCUCAAAAAGGUCAUCAAGGAGAACGACGACACCAUCGCUCGCUACCGCUCCGACCCCGCCGCCUUCGACGCCGCCUACGACGCCGCCAACAACGCCGCCGCCGCCCCCGCCGCCGACGCAGAGACCGCCAUCGCCAAGGGCAAGAAGGAGCGCCUCGCCGCCGCACUCGACGCCGACGCCAACGACGACUUCCAGACCGUCGGCCGCGGCGGUCGCACCGAGACCUACACCUCCGAGGGCCUCUUCAAGAGCCUCGCCGCCAUCAUGGAGGCGCGCGGCAAGAAGAGCACCGACAAGACCGAGCAGAUCCGCAAGCUCAACGACCUCUCGGGCGUCGCAGACUCGCCCUACAAAAAGAUCCGCGUCAUCCUCGCCCUCGUCGCCGCACGCUUCGACUACAACGCCUCCGCCACCGCAUACAUGCCCGUCGAGAUGUGGGACUCGGCGCGCAAGGAGAUCAAUGAGAUCCUCGCGCUCCUCACCAACAACCGCGCCUACGUCGUCCGCGAGGAGACCGAUGACUACGACGACGAGGUCGAGCGCAUCCCCGGCCAGGACGGCGAGAAGGACACCGUCGCCGUGCGCGGCUCCAUCAUCAGCUUCGUCGACCGCCUCGACGACGAGUUCACAAAGAGCCUCCAGAACAUCGACCCGCACACCACCGAGUACGUCGACCGCCUCUGCGACGAGAAGAAGCUCUACGAGACCAUCGUCCUCGCACAGGCCUACUUUGAGACGCAGCGCGAGUCCGACGCACUCUCCCGCUGCACCAUGCGCAGGCUCGACCACAUCUACGCCAAGCAGGACGUCAUCAUCCGCGCGCUCGAGUCCACGCUCGGCGACACCGCCAAGUCGUUUGCCUCCCAGCUCUUCCCCGCGCCUGCACGCGUCGCCGAGCAGGACGGCCCCGCGACGCUCGUGCGCGCGCUCUGCACCUACCUCUACCAGGCGCGCGGCGUCCAGGCCGAGCGCCCGCGUACGCGCGCCAUGCUCUGCCACAUCUACUUCCACGCGCUCCACGCCGAGUACCACGUGGCGCGCGACAUGUUCCUCAUGUCGCACCUCCAGGACGCCAUCCAGCUCGCCGACGUCGCCACGCAGAUCCUCUACAACCGCGUCGUGGUGCAGAUCGGCAUCUGCGCCUUCCGCAACGGCCUCAUCAAGGAGUCGCAGGUGGCGCUCCAGGAGAUCUUUGCCACCGGCCGCGUCAAGGAGCUGCUCGCCCAGGGCCUCCAGAAGCAGAACCAGUUCAGCACCAUCACGCCCGAGCAGGAGAAGCUCGAGCGCCAGCGCCAGCUCCCCUUCCACAUGCACAUCAACCUCGAGCUGCUCGAGUGCAUCUACCUCAUCUCGUCCAUGCUGCUCGAGGUGCCCAACAUGGCGCUGGCGGGCAACGACCCGGAGCUGCGCAAGCGCGUCAUCUCGCGCCCCUUCCGCCGCAUGCUCGACUACACCGACCGCCAGGUCUUCUCGGGCCCGCCCGAGAACACGCGCGACCACAUCAUGCAGGCGUGCAAGGCGCUCCAGAACGGCGACUGCAACGCGUGCAUCGAGCUCAUCGCCGACAUCAAGAUCUGGAAGCUGCUGCCCGGUUCCGAGGCGGUCAAGUCCAUGCUCGCCCAGCGCAUCCAGGAGGUGGGGCUGAGGACGUACCUCUUCUCGUACUCGGCCUACUACGAGUCGGUGUCGCUCGCGCAUCUGGCGGCGACGUUCGACGUGCAGCAGAAGCAGGUCAAGGCGAUGGUGUCCAAGAUGAUCUACAACGACGAGCUCGCGGCGUCGCUCGACCCCAAGGCGAACGUGGUGAGCUUCCACCGCCUCGAGCUCACCAAGGUGCAGCAGCUCGCGGCGACGCUGGCGGACAAGGCCAACUCGAUGCUCGAGCAGAACGAGCGUCUGCUCGACGCCAAGCUCGGCGAGGGCAAGGAGCAGAGGAGCUCCGGCGGCGACCGCGAGCGCGACGGCGGCCAGGCGGGCGGCAGGAGGGAGAGGAGAGGCGGCGCGUCCGCCCGCGGACGAGGCCGCGGCAGGGGCAGGGCACAACAGUUCCAGGCCCUCGGUCAGAAGGUCUAG